AUGGAGUGCAGCUUGGGGACUCAAGGGAAAAUUGACGCUGCUGUGGAGGCGGUGGCCGAGGACCCUCCCUUGAAAACGGCUACCAGUGGGCUUGGUAAGAGUAUUUCAACUGGCUCCGUGCCUCCACCUGGCCCCAAGCUAGUGUCAAACGCUGCUGCCCGAAGUAAAUCAAGUGCUGGGCCAGGAUACACUACCGGGAAAUCCGAGCUGACGCCUUCAGCAUUCACCAAAAACCGAACGAAAGGCGUAACGAAAGGAUUAGCCGAUGCGAUUAAACGUGGUAUGGCCGAAAACUCGGGCGCGACUGGAACCUCCUGGACCAUGCCUUUCGAAAUCAAAACAGGCCGCACUGUUGGAGGUAUGGAACAUCGCGCACAAACUAUGCUUUACACCUUGCUUAUCGCUGAGAGAUACGGCGUCCAGACACCAACUGGCAUUUUGUAUUACACACAAAAAGACGAAAUUAUUCAAGUCCAUCCAGCGCGCAAUGAAAUUAGAGGACUAAUGGUCGGACGCAAUGAGCUGGCUGCCAGUAUCAUGUACCACCGCGAAUUGAAGGUAUCUGAAACCUCCAAUCCCCAUACCCCAGCGACGCCCCCGACUCAACCUCCAACUCAACUCGAAUUGGCCAGCUCUAAAGACGAAAUAUUUCUCCCUCCACCCAUCGAUGAAAACUACCAAUGCUCAAAAUGCUACGUCAAGGAUGCAUGCGUCUUGUACCGAGCUGCAGUUGAGCGAAUGCCGCCAUCGACCGUACCUCAACUUGCAGACAAGGCUGAUCACCUUACGUCUUCUCAAAAAGAGUUCUUUGCUCAUUGGGAAACCCUCAUCGCGCUCGAGGAACAAGACAUGGUUCGCUUCAGGAAAGAGCUUUGGACUAUGCGAGCCGAGGAGCGCGAAAAAAACGGACGGUGUUUUGCUCGAAUGGUACCUGGUCCUGGAGUAAAAAGGGAUGGCAAAUUCGUCUAUGAGUUCACUCGGGCUCCUAAACCCAAAAACUCACCCGAGGAUUUACCCGAACCAGUCCUUGACUUGACGAUGAGCCCCUCAACUCCCAAAAAGAACCCUAGGUCAUCGCCUAUCAUCGACCUAACUAGUUCGCCCGUCCCUCAGUACCAAAUGGGAGAUCGACUUGAAUACUCCUUUGGGUCAGUUGAUUCCCUACUCAAUGGUCAUAUCAUCAAAGGGGAUGCGGUUACCAUUUCGAUCGACCCUACCUUACUGGCAUUUGCUCGUGGAUAUGUGCUUGAUAUUAGCACAAGGGCCCUAACGGUGGCUUUUGAUCAGGAACUUCCCCUUGAGGGUGUCGCAAUACGCAAACAUUCAAAAUCAAAGACAGGACCAGCCGAAUUCAGAAUUGACAAGGAUGAUUACUCUGGUGGCAUGGCUAAAUUGCGAUCCAAUCUCGCGGCACUAUUCUAUAAACCGGACACUAUUUUGCUGAAGCUAUUAGAGGUGGAAUUCGAUGUAUUGCGACUGGGGAAUGUUGAUAAGGUUCACAUAGAAGCUCGCAAGUUUGCGUUGGGUGCAAAAGAGGUACCCGAGACUCUUGAAGCGUUGGAGCGACAAUUGUUGAGGCCACCUGUAGUAGCCACACUUGCCUUUCGAUUGACCAUUGAUGAGGCCUCCCAGAUCACCUUGCCAUCGUGUUUGGGACCACUACGAUUCGCUGAGAAAUUUGUUUUAGUGGGCGAUCAUUUUCAACUCCCCCCGCUAGUCAAGAGCAAAGACGCGCGGGAGGGUGGCAUGGAUAUCUCUCUCUUCCGCAGGCUCUCAGAUACCCAUCCGGAGGCUGUUAUCGAUCUGGCUUUGCAAUAUCGCAUGAAUGCAGAGAUCAUGACUUUAUCAAACAAACUCAUUUAUAGUGACCGACUCCAGUGCGGAAGCGAGAAAGUUGCAACUCAAGCGCUCUACCUUCCUCAUCCAUCAGCUGGCCUGGCCUGGCAUGUUUCGUGUGGGGGUGGGCCUAACAGCCAGUGCUGGCUUAAUUCACUUAUUGAUCCGACCUGCAAAGUACGUUUCGUCGAUACCGAUGAUCUUCCGGCCCGCAAUACAAUAGUUGGAUCUCUUGUGCAAAACGAGAUUGAAGCGCAAUUGGUUUUACAAACGAUUGAGGCUUUGUCAAAAAGUGGUGUCAAAUCCGCUCAAAUAGGAGUCAUUUCGCCAUACCGGCAGCAGAUCAAACUACUGUCACAUAUGCUUCAGGAGCACUCUGAAGUCGAAAUAUUGACUGCAGACCGCAGUCAAGGGCGAGAUAAGGAUUGUAUAAUAAUAUCCAUGGUCCGUUCAAAUGAGGAUGGAAACAUUGGCGAUCUGCUGAAAGACUGGCGCCGACUCAAUGUUUCUUUUACACGAGCACGUUCGAAACUUAUAAUCUUUGGGUCCAGGGGAACUCUGAAAUGCGACAACCUACUCAAACAAUUUUUUGACCUAGUUGACGAAAAAGGAUGGUAUAUGUGCCUUCCUAAGGACGCUCAUCUAAUGCAUGAUUUCUCCAAAACCCAUGGCAAAAGGAUGCCGUUAGGAUCCUCGGGUGAUUCAGAAUUAACAGAUUCCACGCCGGUCAAACGAGCUCGCGUUUCAUCAGGAAUACUGAAAGGCCGACCUCUACUUCAAGACAUUAUCGUCAUUGAUGAUGACUAG